AUGUCCAGCACUAGACUUGAUCAAUUAUACACUAUCAAUGACAAUCUUUUGAACAUCUUUAGUCCUAAAUCAAUAUUAGCAGCAUUAAGAUGGGUAAAAAGAUGGAUUUUAUUAAUGACUGCAACAGUUCAUCAAUUACUAAGUUGGAAAAAACGAAGACGAUUUGUUAAGGCAAAUAUUGGUUGUGCUAAUAGAAGGCCAAAAGAAGAUUCUUUUAAUUCAAUUUCUAUUUUCUCUUUGCUGAUCAACAGGCUGAGAAACUAUUGUUGUCCAAAGCAUUGCUUUUAUCCUCAAAAUUGCUCAAUUCAACUGUCAUGCAUUUACUUAUUUCUUAUUUUCUGUUUCAUAUUGCCUUCUGUUUUAUCUUUUGAUGCUUCAAACAAGGUUAUUACAACACCAACAUUCAGCUUUGAGGAACGAUCAUUGCUUCGAAAGGCUUUUUUGAAUAAAUUUGGGCUUUCUCAUUUGAAUGAGUGGAAAAAACAAGAGAAUUCGACACCCAAAGUGCCUAAGUAUGUUUGGAAUUUGUACAGGAGGUUGCAACAACGAAAAGCAGAUUUUACUACUAUACGGCAUUUCAGUACUUAUUCGCUUGAGUUUGUGGGUAAUGGGUAUGCUAAACUUGUGUUUAACUUGAGUAUGGGUGGAAAACAGUUUGAAAAUGAGGUAAUAUCGCAUGGUGAACUUCGACUCCCGAAUUGGAAAGAAGGAUCAAUUCGUGUUAGAAUAAAUAAACAUGGUGAUACUAGCAAAAAUGGGACCAAUGAAACACCUGAUUUUAAUAGUGGAAUUGGGCUUGAGCGAAGACCAUGGAUCGAUUUAGAUGGCAAAUUGCUUACUACUUCCUGUCAUAACCAAAAAUUGAAUCUACUACUUCAUUUCCCAUCGAAUAUCCCAAUAAAUAAUGUUGAAUAUAUGCUUCGAGCUGCAGCAUUAUUAAUUUAUGCAAAUGAUAAAGGUUCUGAUUUUGCAUCGAAAUUCAACAAAAAUGACUCAAAACACCUAAAGCAACGUUUUAAGCGAUCAUUAAGUAGUGGCGCAACUGAUGAAAAUAGUAAAUUUGAAGAGGAAGAAGACGCAUCGUUAAACACAAGUCGACAAAAGCGUCGAAGAUUAGCAGCCCAACAACAUCGCCAUCGUCAACAUAAUUCGGGAAGUACAGCAGCAUGUCGUCGUGCUGAUUUGUAUGUAGAUUUUGGACAACUUAACUGGCAGGAUUGGAUUGUUGCACCAUGUCGUUGUUCGCACCCAUUGCCUUCUCACCUAAAUAGCAGCAAUCACGCAAUAAUGCAAUCACUUCUUCACUCAAUUGAUCCUGGAGCGGCUUUAGCCCCAAGCUGUGUACCAGUUCAAAUGAGCUCAAUUACAAUCCUUUACAGGGACACAAAUAAUAAUGCGCUUGUUGUUAAAGCUUACGCAGAUAUGCGUGUUGAUGCCUGUGGGUGUCAGUAA